GGUCGCUCGGGAGCUUGUGCAGCUGUGCUCUCGCUCGCUCUAGGUGCACUGCGGCUCAGCGGCUGGCGGCGGCAGCGUGGUGUGGCAGUUCUUGUGAGUCACUAGCGCUGCUCAGCGAGUGUUCAACGACCACUGCGCACGAGUAUCGAGGCUUCGCCGCUUGCUCGAGCUUCGAGUGAUUCCUAGUGUGUCUAUGAACGCUAGCCGCUGCGUUUUGGCGUUGGCGUUGUCGCAAACGGCCCAAAUUCCCGGUAAGAAGGGCAGUGCUCGCCGGCCUGACCACGUCGGGGACUGAACAGGCUCCCCACGCCAUCGACGCGACGGCGUGCGGCUCCGAGGAGGGAGUGCGCUGCCUAGGCCAUUAGGCUGCCCACACCAUCCCACCUGCCGCUAGAGGCGGGGCUCCUCAUUCAUACCAGGGAGGGAGGUUUGCCGACGACAAGCCAGCCGACGCGGGGCAGCCCCAGAGACCAAACGCGACCAUGGCCGAGGUGCGCUGGGACGGCUACGAAGGCAUCUACGCCGACCGCGCGGCGGACCCGCUCUUCAGCCCACGAAUAAUCGGCACGACGGCGGACCCCGACGACCGCGUGAAGGCGCCGCCCGGCUCAUUACCGGCACAGCUCACCGUCGACCCCCUCGCGUUCUACCGCGUCACACCAUCUGUCAAUGAGCCCCGGGAGGACGCCGUCUCCAUUGAUACUCAUAGGAGGGAUGAACUCGUCAACGACCCGGCGUUCUUCCGGCGCGGCAUCUUCGCGAAACGAAGUCCUGUGAAAAAAACACCCGACGCCGCACUGAUGCAGAAAGCCGUGGUCCUCCAGGCGCGCUGGCGCGGCGUGGCCUCCAGGCGCGCACUGGCGAAUGAAGAGGACGCGAGCGUCGACCGGGCAAUCCAAGAGCGCAUUCUGAAGCUCAUGCGUAAUGAUGAAGACGCGAGCACGAAUACGAACCAAACAGUGGAAGCGUUCAUGCGCACGCCGGUGUCGACGUGGGUCGACGACAGCGACGCCGCGACGGUCGAGACGGCGACGGCUCGGACGGCCGAGCCGUCGGUCGACGAUCCGUCGAUCACGACCUCCCGGAAGGGCGAGAUUUUGAGGAGGGCGCUCGUCACGGGUGAACCUAUAAGUUGCGCGGGCCCGGUCCAUCUCAAUCUGGUGAUAGCGUCGGGCAAGCGAAGGGGCCUCGUCGUCGACCAUCGAGGCGGCGACGCGGUCACGCGGGAGUGCUGCUGCUUCCUGCCCUGGGUGCCGUGGCAGCCUUGGCUCCUCUGCGCGUGUUCGGAUGUUGUUAGGGUGGGCGGCACCCGCACCUCAUUCUUGUGCUGUAGCUACUCCGACGUCGUCAAGGCGAAGUACUACCCCUCCUCGAAGGCAAUUAAAAUAGAGGGCUGCCUGAGCUGCUGCGUCCCGCACCCGUUCGGCCAGCACCUCCACGUGCCCCGGGGCAUUUAUGGAGUGGACGCGCCGGUGGCGUCCUUUGGGUGCCUGUGCCCCGUGUUUAGGGGGAGGGAGCGCUUCGAUCUUUAUGAUGACGGCACGAUCCGGCCGGCGCCGCGGCCGGAUCUGGUCGUGGGGCGGCGGCACGUCGUCCGCGACAAUAGAUUAUGUCUGGUACGGCAUUCAGACGUCCACCGGCGCCUGGUCUUCAGCGACGUCCUGCGCCAGGCGAAGGCGGGAGGCGGGAAGUGCGUCUGCCCGCGGUGUCGUCGCAAGUGGUGCGGCUGCUGCCGGCGGUCUUCGUCGAAGCCCGUCGAGCCGGUGCGUGUCAGAUUAAAACCUCUGGACGGCGUCUGCCGCUGCCACAAGGCCGCGCAGCGGUCACGUAUGUGCCGGCGCGAUGGCACGUGCGCGAUCUGCGGCCGGCGGCGCGGCGCGAAUAAAGUGAAGGCACCGACGGCGACGACGGCGGGCCAGGACACCUCCAUCACCCCCGCAGAGCGUCAAAAAAUAGAGCAGCAGAAGGAACGGGCCGCGCAGCUCGCGCGCCAGGAGGAGGCCCAGAUCGACGCGUUCGUCCUUGGUGUUUUAGGGGAGAAGCGAGGUGCGGCGGCGCUGCGGCGAGAGAAGCUCAAGCCGAAGAACGAGGGGCUCCAGGGCAAGACGCCGGAGGCCGGUUGUGUCGUAAUGUGAUUUUUGUCUA